GGCUUCGGUCCUCCUUUUUCGUUCUCCCCGCUCCCCCCGGGCCUGGAUGACGAGGCAUUUUCCCUCUCCAGGGUUGUCGUUCCGCCUUCCCCUUUUCAUUUCCCCCCCAAGAUGGUUGCACGGCGUCUAAUGCGGGCGAGAAGCGUUUUCCUUCUCAGCCAGGCAGGCAGGCAUGGGUGUGGGCGGGAGUCUGACACUCCCACCUGGUUGUCGCCGCUUUUCAAAGCAGCAGCUUUCCUUUUCGGUGGCGGUGGCCAACCCUAUCCAUGGUGUGGGGGGAGGAAAAGACAAAUCCCUGUGACCCGUGCUAUUUUUAUAGAAAAAGAGGAGCCGGAUAUCCCCAUGAAUCUCCCUUGUUCUCUUAUAAUGGCAGUGGCGCCCACCUGAGAGGUGCCGGAGUUGAGUUCGGGCGGAAAAAGCCCUGCCUCUGUGACUCAAAGAUGAUGCUAGUUCCUUUGAUACUGUGUGUAAUCCUGCUGAUAGGAGGGAGCGAAACUCAAAAUGAUGACUGGGUUGAUCCAACAGACAUGCUGAACUAUGAUGCAGCUUCAGGAACCAUGAGAAAGCCUGAUAAGUUACUGCAGGUAAACCAGGAUGAUUCUGAAGAUAAGAAAGUUCCCCAAAAAUCAGUGGUAGAAGAAAAUACUGUGGAUGUUUCCAUGUGCCAAAAGCAACUAGAUUCUUUAAUUCUUAAGCUUGAAGAAUAUGAAAAGAAAGAUAAAGCCAAGUUAUAUGAAAGCAAUAGCAUCCAUGUUUUCAAGAGAUAUUUGAAUAAGAUUUUAAUUGAAGCUGGAAGACUUGGUCUUCCUGAUGAUAACACUGGAGAUGUGCAUUAUGAUGCUGAGAUUAUCCUUACAAGACAGACAUUUAAUGAAAUCAACAGGUUCCUUAAUGAAGAGGGCUGGAAAUCAGCUGCUUUGGAUGAUGCACUCAGUGAUAUUCUGAUUAACUUUAGGCAUCAUCAUGCUGAAGUUUGGAAAUGGAAGUUUGAGGACACAUUUGGGGCUGACGCAUAUAAUGUCUUUAUGGUACUUCUGUGUUUAGUGUGCAUUUCAGUAAUAGUUGCUACGGAACUAUGGACACGCAUUGGUUGGUUUACACAGCUCAAACGUGUUUUAUUCAUAAGUUUUCUCAUCAGUUUUGGGUGGAACUGGAUGUACCUAUAUAAGGUAGCCUUUGCUCAGCAUCAAGCUGAAGUGGCAAAAAUGGAAAAAUUUGAUACUGUAUGUGCUGAGAAGAUCCACUGGAGUGAUGGUCUAAUAGAAUGGUUUAGAAGCUCGAUGACGUUCCAAGAUGAUCCUUGUCAAAAGUAUUAUGAAACCGUAUUAGUAAAUCCUAUUUGGCUUGUUCCUCCAACAAAGGCGUUGGCUGUUACAUUUACCAAUUUUGUAACGGAGCCAUUGAAGCACAUAGGUCAAGGAAUUGGUGAAUUUAUUAAAGCACUCAUGAAAGAGAUUCCAUUGCUGCUACAUAUUCCUGUGCUAGUGAUCAUAGCAAUAGCAGUUUUGGGUUUCUGCUUUGGGGCUGGAAGCUCAGUGAAUGCGCUAAGGAUGUUAAGCUACUCAGACAAGCAGCCACCUCCAGCACUUCCUCCAACAGAUAAACAGCCGCCUGCGCUUCCCCCAAGGGGCAAACAGUUGCCUCCUGCACUUCCUCCAAGGGAUAAACAGCCGCCUCCUGCCCUUCCUCCAAGGACCAGAGCAUUACAAGAACAAAUGCUACAUCUGCAACCAAAUGAUGCAGGUGAAAAUGGUGUCAACAUUAUAGAAAAUAUGGAGAAUAUGUACAAUAUUUACUCCAUCAAGAGAGGACCUUAUGACAGAGGAGAUGCUUCAGUAAAGUCUUCAGAAGAAGUAAAUUCACAAACAGAAACAGAAAAAAAGAACAGUGAAGACUGUCCUAGUGGAUUAGAUACCAAACCAGGUGAUCAAGCUACUGAUAGAAUAGAGAACAGCACAGAUCAAAGCCUGGUUGAACUGGACAGACCUAGCCGCAUAGAAGAAUUUACAAGAGGCAAUGAAGAUGAAACAAAAUGUAACUUUAAAGAGGACAGGAGUGUGCAGCAAGAAGUUCCGGAUAUAACAGGAUGUAAGAAGAAAGAGAGCCGCUCAUGUGAAUUAGAAGAACCCACAGAGAAGAUUGUAGAACAUUUGAGCUUUACUGAACAAAAUCAGAGGAACACUGCUUCCUGAUAGACCUCCUAAUACCAGGCAAAUCAUUAUUUUUUAUGCCUCUGCUAACUAACAAAUGUUCAUGAAUAUACUUUUGUCAGUUUUCAUUCUUAUAGUACUUGUUUGCAUAUUAGGUAUCAGGCAUUUUUUUUCUCGAAGACCUAAAUUUUAUUUAUAAAGCACCUUUGUUUCCAUACAACAGCUUCCAACACAUUUUGGAAUGUAAGCCUAAAAGGGACUCUACUGCUAAAAUGCUUUUAAAAUUUGUGCAAAAACUUCUGUGGGAGGGUGUAGUUUCAAUAAAUAUACACAGCAUAUUCUAAGUUUUUUUAUAGUUAAUAUUUGCCAACUCUUACAAAAUGUUACUAAUGAAAUUUCUUUUAUAUUCGUAUCUGUAGCAGCUGUUAUUUAGGUUCAGCAGGAGAACUUUUAUUUAGCUGUGACUUUCCCCUACCCCAAAAUCGAGAACUAAUUUUUACCAGGGGUCAUGUAUUUGCAUGAGGAAGGCUUGAACAUUGUGUGGAGAAGGAAUGUUGGUUCAUACUUAAGUUCAUGUUCUUCAAAGGUAGGAGAAUAACCUCAAGUGGGUUGCUCUUCCCUGUCCCUAGGUCGAUAGGACCAUGCAAAGCAAGCUCUCUGACAGAGAGAGCACAUCUUCAGCCAUAACAGUCCUGCAAUCUAGCCCCCACCCCACCCACCAAAAAACAAAACAAAACCCAGUAACAGACAGGAAAUAAUGGAAGAAGUCUCUUAACAAAUGGGAGUAACAAAUAACUAGAGUAGCCGAAAAAGCUCCAGGGUGGGUAGGAGAUAGGACCUUACCACAAAAGGAACUUAUCUGAGUUAAGAACCAACUGCAUUCUCUUUGGAUCAGUUCAUUUACUUACAGACAAAACAGCAGGUUUAGCUAGUAUGAAAAUAUUUAUUUUUCUCCUGUGUUUUUUUUGUUAAAAAAACAAUGUAAUACUUGUCAAUUGUUUUGGAACAUUCUAUACUUCUUAGAUGUUAAAAAACCUUUGAGGUUAAGUCUAGAGUUUUCCUAUUUAAUUACAUAAUUUUAGCUGGAUUUUUUUUCAUAAGCUCUUGUGAAAAGUACCUUUAAACACUAAACCAUACGAAACAAAAAAAUAUUUACAGAGAAAAUUGAAACAGUGCUCUAUAGAGCUUUUUACAAACAUUUUUAGAUAUGUUUUUUUCAAGCUGUGGCAGCAGUAACUGUACCAUAAACUUUUCCCCUUAAAGGCAUUGUUUCCUGUUUUAUUAUUUUUUAAAAAGGAAUUCCAGUAUUACAAAUUCAUCUGUUUCUCUUCGGUGUGCUUUUGAAGAAGUCCAUUAAUUAGAAUUUGCCCUCUUCAAAUCAGAGGGUAGAAAGACUCUCUGUUCAUCCAUUCUCUUCCCUUGGGAUCUCAAAAUAAGGCUAAAGAAAUCUUCAUCAGGUACAGUUGGUCCUUUUGUGUUGAUUGGUGGUGGUGCACAUCUCUGAUCAUCUAGUCUAGAGCCCUAAAAUCAAAACAAAGUAGGACAGGAGUUACAGGUAAAAUCCACUGUUUAAUCAUUCCACAGUUCAAUUCAUCUUGUUUGCCCAUGUUAAACCUAUUAAAAGUCAUAACAUUCACAUUUUGGCAGAAUAUUGUCAGCUAUGGUUUCCUGUCCUUUCCCAGCAGAAACAGCAUAUACAUUGCGUGUUCCUGAUUGAAUAUUCACUCAGAAGCAGUACUAUAGCACUACUGUCUGUUCCUCCAGUGACAAAGAAAGUAAAGAAUUGUGGUGGGUUGUUUUGAUUUGGUAACAUGGUGGCCAACUUGAAGCUGGUUAAAAGAUUUCGUAGACCAAAAUCCUGGAAAAACUAUUUUACUUCCACAGCAAAUACACUUGGAAAACAAGUGCUAGAAACAUUUGGAAAAUCUUAAGUGAUAGGAUGUGUGUUUUUGAACCUGUCAGUAUGCUAUUCUUCAUUGUUACUGUUGGAUAACAAUGUGGUGAGUUUCUUGUUCUCAUUCUUUAUAUUUAUAAUAUGUGAAAAACCAAUAAAA